AUGGAGGAGUUCAACGAUGAUUUUUACCCAUUGGCUUUGCUAAUGGACGAGUUGAAGCAUGACGACGUUUCAAACCGUGUGGAAGCCAUGCAGAAGCUUGAUUCUAUUGCUAUAGCCUUGGGCCCAGAGAGAACUUUGCACGAAUUACUUCCUUUCUUAAAUGAUGUCGCUCAGGACGACGAAGAAGAGGUUUUUGCUGUUUUGGCUGGAAAGCUCGGUGAUUUCGUUCCCCUUGUUGGCGGACACCAGAACGCUGAGCCAUUGAUUCAUAUCUUGGCCAUCUUGGGUGCCAUGGAAGAACCCAUCGUGAGAGAUACAGCCGUAGAGUCCUUGAACAAGAUUGCUCCAGAGUUGACUGACGAUGAACUCAACAGCCUUUUCCUCGAAUUGAUCCGUUCCUUGUCUCAAGGUGACUGGUUCUCCAAGAAGGUUGCUUCUUGCGGUCUUUACAAAUCUGUUAUUGUCAGAGUUGAUGCUUCCUUGAGAAGAGAAUUGUUGUUGCUUUACAACUCUUUGGUCAGCGACGACUCUCCAAUGGUGAGACGUUCUGCCGCAAAACACUUGCCUGCUAUCAUUGAUAAACUUACCGAGUACACCAAGCAAAACCCAGAUUCGAGCAAGAAGGUCGACGAUAAUGACUUGGAGAUCAUCAGCAAAAUGUUCCACCAUUUAAUUAACGACGCUCAAGACUCCGUGAAGUUGUUGAGUAUCGAUGUCUUGGUGGCCAUCCUCGAGUACUUCUACUUUAUCCAAGACAGCUCCCACAACUCCGACUGCUUGGUGAGCGCGUUGAAGUUGAUCAAAGACGACAGCUGGAGAGUCCGUUACGCGGCUGCUGACAAGUUCUCUGAGAUCGCUCACAACUUUAAGGAUUCGGAGGCUGACUUGUUGCGCCUCAUUGAUCCAUUCAUCAGUUUGAUGAAAGACAAUGAAGGCGAGGUUAGAAAGGCUAUCGCCAAACAGUUGCCGGACUUCUGUAAAUUGUUGAAGGAUCCUAGCACCAUUGAAACAAAGAUUAUUCCUGUUGUUGACGAAUUGUCGCAAGACCCACACGAAAACGUGAGAGCUUCUUUGGCCUCUACAAUCACCGUUAUUGCCAAUCUUUUGGCCAUGUUGAAAGAUGAGUUCCCAGACGUUAGACUUAACAUCAUCUCGAACUUGUCCGUUGUGAACGAGACUAUCGGCAUCCAGUUGUUAUCUACUAAUUUAUUGCCUGCCAUCACUGAAUUGGCCCAGGAUACGAAAUGGAGAGUCCGUUUGGCAAUCAUCGAAUAUAUUCCCAAGUUGGCUACCCAACUAGGUGUGGAAUUCUUCAACAAGGAAUUGUUAACUCUUUGCACAUCUUGGUUGUGGGAUCCAGUUUUCGCCGUCAGAGACGCUGCUGUCAACAACCUUAAAGACCUCACAACAAUCUUUGGCUCUCAGUGGGCUGAGGAACUGAUCAUCACGCAUCUACUUAACAUCAGGGAUGAGAAGAUUGGCGAUGAGGACGUAGACAACGAGCCAGUGAACUUCCUGAACUUCAUCAUCAGAAUCACUUGUCUUUUUGCUAUCUCCAAGUUGACACCAGAGCUCGAACCUGCUGUCAUCACGAAGAAGAUCUUGCCAUUCCUUAACCUGUUGAUUGCCGACCCUGUGCCUAAUCUUCGUUUCAACGUUGCCAAGUCAUACUUGGUUGCAGCAGAAACAUUGGUGAAGAGCGGAUCUAGCGAGGACAUCAAAGCGAUCGAGGCGGAAAUCAUCCCUAACGUUAACGUUCUCGUGAAUGAUUCCGAUGUCGACGUCAGAUAUUACGGCCAAAAGAGCCUUGAUAGCAUCAAGGAAUUGACAGCUUAA